GACGCACGAAGCUCAUUCGUGUGCCCUUCAUCGAGACCGACGGUUGCUGUUUGGACCGGGGGAAAAUCCGGCACUGUUCGAAAGGUAGCUUCGUAAACCCUUUGGCCGCUAACCAAGCGUAUCUAAACAUUCUACUUUGGUGGCGCGAUCGUGUGCGUUUCUUUCUCAAACAAAAGAAAAAAAGCCAUCAAGUGCAUCGGCAAGUGUGACACAGUGGCAGGCCGUUUGCUCGAGCAAGAAUAAAAGACAAUUUUUUCGUGUCUUCAAGCUGAUCUUGGAAGCGUAACGUUUAAUCGACAUUAAAGACAUUCUCGAAAGUUGAGCUCCAAGCAGGUGCAAGAGCAAUCGAUCUAUCGUGCAGUAAAAGAUCGACCAAAGCGCAGUGACAGUUGAACGGUACGGAAAUGGCGCACAAACUAAUAUCGUGUAGUGCCUGUGUGCUGGUGGCGCUUUUCGUGCUGAGUGCAGUGAACGUAUCAAGGCAGGCGUCCCUUUCGCUACGGGUCCUGUCACGUGGUGAGCGAUCCGUGUUUAACCAAACGCACAGCAACAAGACGUGCGAAGGUAACACACCUUGCGGAUGGGCAGUGUACACACCCGCAACAAGGGCGAUCGAUAGCUUCAUGAAAAAUACGUGUGACUGCGAGAAGUUGAAGCAGUGCGUCCGAACGGACGACGAUGUCUCGAUCAGUGCGUACGUCUACCGCUGCCGGGAGCAUCCGGCCAAGGCAAAGUCCGUGCCCGCGUCCUGAGCUGGUAAAAGCGAUCCGAUCGUGUGCUUCGAAUGUCCACCGGUCGGCCAACGGCCAACACGCCGCAGGUUUGCUGGCCCGUGCCACCCCUGGACGCAUGCGGGAGUGUGUAUGCAAACUGUGUAAUUACUUGUAACACCACCUAAAUGCACUAACCAUACUAUUAUUAUACACACACCCACACACUCACCCACAUAAAUAUCUUUAUAAAAGUUUAAAUGCUGAUUUCAAUAGUGGAGAAAGCAAACGAAAUCCAGGAAAGCUGAAAAAACACACCCAUCCAGCGAGAGAAGGAGAGCGAAAGCGAAAGAGUUUGAUGGUUAAAAUAUUUAAAAUUUAUUUAUAUUUGCUUGUUUAAUCGUUUAUCUCUUCAGAAAACAAAAACCAAAUCUACGACUCAUUGUUGCGUAUCUGAUAUGUCUAAUGUUCUUUUUUUUUUUAAACAUUCACCCCAAUCAGCACGUCCUGUUAGCAUUUUAUGAACAUGGUUUUUUUUUUUUAAUUAUUAUUAUUAUAUUAUACUUUCUUUAUCGGUUAAGCUUAGAAGAUAGAGGCCUAAAAUAUGCUCACUUCGGUAGCUCACCUCGGAGAGAGCUUGGGUGGUAGAUAGUAACCCAUAAAAGGUCCUUCCCAACUCAUACGCAGCCAACACAAAUAUGCUUGUAGAAAACGACGUCAUAUUGACGUUGUAUAUCUACCCCGCCAGUUCCGGUUCCAGUUACAUCUCUGUUCCGAUACGUCUCAUACCGAAAAAGAAAAGAAAGUAAAACACAUUUGAUGCUCUGCACUCCGAACCUCAGCUCUCUCCGAAAUGUGACUCAGAAGAACGUUUAAAAUAGAAAAAAAACACUGUAGAAGUAGAGGAGCGAAACAAAAGUUGCUAAAUAGCAUCGGAGAAGCGGUAGCGUUAGCAGUACGGUGGUCCGUGGUUAUAACAAAGGACGUUAAAUAAAACCUCCCAAUCUUUGGAAAAGACUUGAUUAACUAUAUACAUAUGUAUGCGAUCGUCAAGGGGAAAGUAAAGAAAAGGAAAUGCCUGCAGGGCACGAUCGUCCGACGAAGAAUGCGCACAAGCAAACACUCCCACAUUGACGUACGAUUAAUGUAAACAUAUUUUAACAAUCAAACCCUCCCCCGUAAAAACACAACACAAAACAUGCAAAACUCUUGAAAACUCUUUCUAUAUGCUCGCUUCAAAGAGGAGCACAACGAAAAAACAGAUAGGAAAAGCAUGGCACGCCCAAAACAGACUCUACCCACUUCAUAGCGUACUUCCCCUAAUCCACGUGAUCCCCGUACCGAUCGGUCAGUUCAGCUCCCACUUUACUAUGUUUCUGUUGUCUUGAAAAAGUUUCACUCGUACUUAAGGAAAACGGUGCAAAUUAAUUAAUGAUAAGCACGCUACGAAAUGAUCAUAGUUUCGCCCAGUUUCACCAUCCAGCCUUCAGGAAAACAAUAUUAGUGUAACAACACACCAACACCCAUACAUAAACAUCCGUAUCGCUUACAUACACAUACAGUAUUGAAACAUUUUUUCAACCAUUAAAAGAAGAAACAAAACACAACAAGCAAAACCAUAAUUACGUAUAAUAAAGAAACAUACAACAGUUCGUAUUGCUACUCAAGAUAAGUGUUUUGCUCAGAACCGGUAGGCAACGAUCAUGCACGAUCACUAAACGCUAGGCAGUAGUAGGACAUUAUCCACUUCUAGGGGUCGAUUACUAAUUGUGAAGCAGUAUCAAAAUGAUGAAAUAAACAGACCUAAUCAGAAGCAGCUCUA